CUCCCCCCAAUUAAUCGCAAUAACAUCAUCCCACGUUCACGGCGGAGUGUUUGCCGUUAGUCACUCGUUCUUUCCUUUUAGACUUUUGUUUCUGCCCGGUGCAUUGCAAUCUUCUUCCGUCUUCCAAUUAUCUUGAUUCCGCACUCUCGUUCAUAACUCCUUCCACGGUUGACAAUGAAGUUCAACUCUCUUGCCUUGACUGGGGCCUCGCUGCUCCUAGGCCGCGCCAUUGCGGCUGACUUGCCCGAGAUUGCCAUCAAGGGCAACAAGUUCUUCUACUCCAACAACGGAACCCAAUUUUACAUGCGUGGUGUUGCCUAUCAGCAGGACUACACGGCCAACGGCACCUCCUCGGAGAACAAGGACUACAUCGACCCUCUGGCCGACGCCGCUUCUUGCAAGCGGGAUAUCCCCUACUUGAAGCAGCUCCGCACCAACGUGAUCCGUACCUAUGCCGUCGACCCUACUCAGAACCACGACGAGUGUAUGACCGCUCUGGCUGACGCCGGCAUCUACCUGAUCACCGAUCUGUCGGCUCCUUCCGAGUCCAUCAACCGGAACGACCCCCAGUGGAACACUGCCCUGUACGAUCGCUACACCAGUGUUAUCGAUGCCUUCGCCAACUACACCAACGUCAUCGGUUUCUUUGCCGGUAACGAGGUCACCAACGAUAACAACAAUACUGAUGCCGCCGCCUACGUCAAGGCUGCCGUCCGCGAUAUGAAGAAGUAUAUCAAGGCCAAGAACUACCGCACCACCCUUGGUAUCGGUUACGCUACCGACGACGACGCCCAUAUCCGUGAUGACCUUGCUAGUUACCUUGUCUGUGGUGACUCCGAGGACUGGAUCGACUUCUUCGGAUACAACAUCUACGAAUGGUGCGGUGACUCCUCUUUCAAGACCUCCGGCUACCAGGCUCGUACCGAGGAGUUCAAGAACUACCCCGUUCCCGCUUUCUUCUCCGAGUACGGCUGCAACGACCCCGCUCCCCGUACCUUCACCGACGUUCCCGUUCUGUUCAGUGACGAGAUGGACGAUGUCUGGAGCGGUGGUAUCGUCUACAUGUACUUCCAGGAGGCCAACGACUACGGUCUGGUCUCGGUCUCCGGCAACAGCGUCAGCCCUCUGAAGGACUUCUCCAACCUGUCCUCCCAGAUGCAGAAGGCCACUGCCACCGGUGUCAACAGCAACAGCUGGUCCGCCACCAACACUGCCACCAGCACCUGCCCCAGCGUUGCGUCUGCCUGGGAGGCUAGCAGCACUCUUCCCCCCAGCCCCAACGACGACCUGUGCAACUGCAUGGAGAAGUCGCUCAGCUGUGUGGUGAAGGACUCUGUUUCCUCUAAGAAGUACUCGGACGUGUUUGACUACAUCUGCGGUCUGAAGGACGGCAAGUACUGCGCGGGCCAGACCAGCAACUCCACCAGCGGAGUCUACGGUGCCUACAGUGUCUGCUCGACCAAGCAGCAGCUCAACUUCGUCAUGAACCAGUACUUCAGCGCCGAGGGUGCCCAGGCCAGCGCCUGUGACUUCAGCGGCAAGGGUACCACCACCUCCUCGACCGCUCCCAGCGGCACCUGCUCCUCCCUCUUGAAGGAGGCUGGUACCGGCGGCCUUGGCCAAGUCACCUCUUCCCCUACCGGCGGUGCGGCUGCUGCCAGCGCCAGCUCCAGCCACUCCGAGGGCGCUGCGGGUAUGGUUGCCAGCCCUAUGGCCGUCUCGGUCGGCAGCUGGCAGUUGGGCGCCUACGCUGUGACUGCUGUGGGUGCUGCCCUCGGCAUGAUCUUGCUGUAAGUGUGAGAUGGCAUGGUGACGGUGUGGAGGAAACAGCCGGAAAAUGAUUAUACCUGUAACCUUAACCGUUGAACUAUCAGCCGUACAUAAUUGAUCCUUUCUGUAUACGUUCGUUUGAGUUGAUAUACCAAUGCUUGUCUUGUCUGAUUGCUUUCACACGGAAUGUAUGAACGAGCCCUGCCUGGGAUUCCUUCAACGUAUUGACCAGGCGUGGUAAAACGCUAAGCAGACGUGACUGGAUAAUUAGCGGUGCCUGACCUGGGGAGCUGUAAGGAAUGUCUGAAUGACAAGUGUGCG